UGCAUUAUAUAACACACUUGCUACUAUACUCUUAUAUACCAAGUAACUAAUCAUCGCUAUGGUGAUGAAAGUAUUCAUGGCCAAAUAUCUCAAAGAUUAUAAUAUCCUAUUUACUAGAUUAAUGAUGAUGAGCUUUGUCAUAAUGGUCGGAGACUUUGUUUCAAUUCUAAGGUAUAUUCUAAAUCUAAUUCGCUGUUUCAUUUGUUCUAAUAACAUGGAAUAUUAUGAGAAGCAAUUAUCCAUAUUGGAUCAAAUGGUAGCAACAAAAGCUAUGCUACUUAAUAAGACGACUAUGUAUGAUGAUGAUGAUGAUGAUGAUGAUGAUGGUCAAGAAGUAGCAGCAAAAACUCAUCCAAAUAAUAAUAAACUUGUUCGUUUUGGUGAUGCAAAAAGUGAAGACACCAAAAUGUAUUUAGGAGAUGUGAAAAGGAUCAUGAUGGAGGAAUUAGAACUGCUAGAGAGUAGUGAUGGUGGGGAAACAGAAGAAGGAGAUGAUGGUGGUGAGGAAGUGAAGUGGGAAGAACUGAGAGAAGCAUUUGGUGUGUUUGAUGAGAACAGAGAUGGGUUUAUUGAUGCAAAGGAAGUGAAGAAGGUUCUAUUUGAAUUGGGAAUUAUGGAACCUUCUGAAGCCGAAUGUCAAGCCAUGAUCACAACUUUUGAUAAAAAUCAAGACGGCAAGAUAAAUUUUGAGGAAUUUCUCGAAAUAAUUGCAGCGGAUGCCAUUCACUAAAUGGAUCGCUAAUCCUUUUUUCUAUUAUUUUUUUAUCAUGGCUUUCUAAGAUUUUUCUCCUUGUAGUAGCUUUCGUUACCUUUUUCUUUUUAAUUAAAUCGGAGCAUGGUUAUACACGUACGUAAAUAAAAAAGGAAAAGCCAUCAUGUUAGGGUUCUAGGGUUUCCAUCGUUUCACCACAGCCGCCUCUUCGCAGAUGACGGCGGCGGCGGUGCACGGUCCUCGCUCUUCGCAGACGACGGCGGUGCACGGUUCUUCCCCUUCGCAGACGACCAUGGCAGAGAUGGUGUAAUUAAGUUCCUCAUUCCCAAUCGUAGCUGACGGCAGAGACGUGCCUUCCUUCCCAAUCGUAGUUGACAGCAGAGACGGAUCUUCUUUCUCACAGUCGUCAACGACGGCGGUGCUAGGGUUGUUGUCGUGUUCUUCAACGUGGUGGAUGAAUUUAUUAGUUGGUUUUAGAUCAUUUGUUUAAAGGAAAGAUUACUCUUUUUAGUUUUUGUUUCUAUUGCUUAUUUUAUUUAUUUGCUGUUUUUAGGUUAUUUCCAAUUAAUGUUUUAUGGGAUUAGAAUUUUUAGUUUUAUGUAUUGAAACUAAUUAAGUUUUUCCAUUAGUCUUGUCUUUUGACAUGGUUUUUUAGUUUCUCUUAUUCGUCUUGUCUUUUGACAUGGUUCUACAGUUUCUCUCUUUGGUUUUGGCUUAUUGGUUUCUGGCGUUAGUUACUGGUUCUUGGUCUGAGUUCGUUCGGGUC